AAGCAUAGAGCAAGAAAAAAAACUAGUCCAUUUUGUAACGGUUGGUUUGGAUCAUUUCUACUUUUUAAAACUGAGACAUCCUAAUUGCGCAUUGUACUCUGGUAGGAGAUGUCAUCUUUUUUACCCCUCAUCAAAUGUGUGUUUAAUCUGUCGAAGGAGGUUUCACUGGGACGGUGUCGAAGUACGUCCCCACUGUUGAGACUGCCUCCCGUUGGACUGGCAUUUGUUUUGACGGCAGGUAAAAAGGACUCUGUUGACCUUCUUGUCUUAAAUGAAGACGAACUUGAUGAGCAGUUUGUAAGAGGAUCUGGCCCUGGUGGUCAGGCCACCAAUAAAACCAGCAACUGUGUGGUACUCAAGCACAUUCCCACUGGUAUUGUAGUGAAGUGCCAUCAAACCCGAUCUGUAGAAAUCAACAGAAAACGAGCUCGGGAUAUUAUGAGAGAGAAACUUGACGUUGAAAUGAAAGGAGAACACAGCGAACUUCUUAAAAUGAAACAAGAAUCUAUCCACAGGAAAAAAGAGAAGAGGAGGAAGGCAAAUGAGAAUCUGGAGAAAAAAAGAUUGUUCAAAGAAACACUGGCAGAAAGUUCCAAACCAGAGAAUGACAUAGUUUGAAAACCCCCUUUUUUACACUGGAACCUGGAAUGAAGAUAUGUAUCCAAUCAAAGUUGGGAACUUUUAAGUGACAUGUAGGUCUCAGUGCAUGAACUGCAUUACAUUUGAGAGGUUGCCUACUUUGGCUUUGAGACAUUUACUUCAGCCUUCGAGCUGAGUUGUCAAUAAUGAAAUGUCAACACUCAAUUUAUCAGAUGUUUUUUUCAGAAGCUUCAGGCUAUUCACAUUUGAAAGUUAUAAUUCAGAGUUAUUUCUAAUAAAUACCACUCAGCCUGAAAUAUUUUACAUUCAUGCUAACUACAGUUGGAAGACAAUGUGGUCUAAGAACAUGGUUGCCAUGGUUGAUAGCGAUCAAGAUUGUGCCAAGUGUUGGGUUUGUUUUUACAGAAACUUUACAUUAACAUUUUCAUUUACAAUUACAAACCAGUCCUCAUAAAUUAGCAUUAACUGUACUUGAAGUCUUGGCCUAUGUAUAAUGAAAUAUUGCAAAAACUAUGAUAUUGUCACCACACACACGCACACACAGAGAGUGAGACAGAUAAAACCAUUGCAGACUGUUUUUAAAACUUUACUAUGUGUUCAAAUUGUUGAUUUGUGUGUUUAAAUGAUGUGUUCAUGUUCUUAUCAUUUUGCUGUUUGUUUGGGGAUUGACUCAGACUGGGUAGACGACCGUUUUACUGACUGACUGUGGGGCCGUGACUCAGACUGAUUUUUCAGUGUGAAUUAAUUAAUUUUAAAGUGCUUUGAGUGGCUGUUGCAGCUAGAAAAGCACUAUAUAAAAUGCAGAUUGAUUGAUUGAUUGAUUGAUUGAUUGAUUGACCUCACAAGCAUUGGUCUCUGUAGCGCCAUCUAGAGGAAACAGGGGUGACUUAAAAAGUCUCGUAUUGUAUGUGUUGAUACAUGCUUGAUGCAUCCAGGUAAGAAAAAUCAAAAGUUGAAUCAGUUCACCUGAAUACAAUGAAAAUUCGACAUUUGGGA